AUGAAAAGAUGUAGAGAGGCACCAGAACAUGAUGAAAUUAAUGAGAAUGAUCAAAUGAUUAUUAAUAACACAGACACUCCUUCAUCUUCGGAAAGUAAUGAUCCGCAACAACAAAUUAUUAAAAACGAACCAAGUAGUAAAAAACAAGCCGUAAAUCAAAGCACCGAAUCGUAUUACACUCUAGGGUGCAAAUAUAUGGAUGGAAGUGGAGUUGAAAAAGAUAGUGAGAAGGCCUUUGAAUGGUUUUCUAAAGGUGCAGAGCAAGGAUGUUUAGAAUCAAUACAUAAAGUUGGUUAUUUCUAUCAUCAUGGUUUAGGAGUAGAACAAGAUUAUAAGAAAGCAAUGGAAUGGUAUCUGAAAGCUGCCGAUAGGAAUCUUGCAAAAUCACAAAAUAAUAUUGGAGUUCUCUAUCGUUCAGGUGAAGGGGUUGCUAAGGAUCUUUCGAAAUCCAUGGAAUGGUAUUUAAAAGCUGCAGAAAAUGGUAAUGAAAUUGCACAGUUCAACAUUGGAGCAUCAUACGAUAAGGGAGUUGGAGUUGAACAAGAUAAACCUAAAUCAUUUGAGUGGUAUUUGAAAUCCGCUAAAAAUGGUUAUGCAAAAGCACAAUUCAAUGUUGCAUGUGCGUAUGAUUAUGCAGAAGGAGUAGAAAAAGAUCUAUCCAAAGCAGUAGAAUGGUAUUUGAGAGCUGCCAAAAAUGGUCAUGCAGAUGCACAAUUCAAUGUUGGAUGGUCCUACGAGAAUGGAGAAGGAAUUGAGAAAGAUUAUGCAAAAGCUAUGACAUGGUAUCUAACAGCUUCUGAAAAUGGCAAUACAGAUUCAUAUACUAAUAUUGGCUUUUUAUAUCGUAAUGGAAGGGGAGUUGAGAAAAAUUUAGAAAAGGCUUUCGAGUGGUACAUGAAAGGUGCUGAAAAGGAUGUAAAACAAUCUCAAAAUAAUGUUGCAAAUGCAUAUUCUAACGGAUAUGGAGUUGAAAAAGAUCUGAAAAAGGCACUAUUCUGGCGUUUAAAGAGUGUGAAUACUAAUAAUUUUAAAUUUAUUGAAAAUCCUAAUGAUCAGUUUGUAAUUGAGGAUUUACACAAUGAGGAUUUACAAAUUAUAGAUGAAAAUGAUAUGGAACUAGUGAUUAUUAGAUUUGAAGAACGAGAUUUUAGACUUUCAAAAAUGUAUUUGAAAAAAUCAAAAUAUUUAUCAACCAUGUUGAGCUCAAAUUGGAAGGAUUUCAAUGAAAAAGAUGAAAAUCAAAUUAUUCUUGAUUUGAGACCUAUUGAAAAUGAUAUUUUUCAAGAACCAACAAAUCACAUUCAAGUGUUUGACACCUAUGUAAAUUAUCUAACAAGCGAUACGGUAUCAAUAACGGAUUUUGAUAUGAAAUUUAAAUUAAUUGAACUGGCACGAUAUUUAGGUGAUGACGAAUGCAUUUUAAAAAUUGUGAAAGAAGCAUCAAUUUUAUUGAGAUUCUGCAUUCUUUUCAAAUUAGACCGUAUUGAACAGAUUCACAUUGCUAUUGCAAGUUGUUUUGCUGUGGGGCCAUCGCUCACAAUUACUGAUCUUUCAGAGAAUAGCCUUGAAUUGUUAUUGAACCAAUCCGAAAUUACUUCACUUGCAAAGCAAAAGAUUUUGAAGGCAUUUAUCAAAAAAUUUAAAAAGUUUCCAAACUCAACCGUUUUUAGUAAGUUUAUAUUAACAUUUAUUUAUUAA